AACCCCUCUCCUUCACUAAGCAAUGGCUGCUCAGGAUUCCAACAAGUUCGUCAUCGACUUCCUUAUGGGUGGUGUCUCCGCCGCUGUCUCCAAGACUGCUGCUGCCCCCAUUGAGCGUAUCAAGCUCUUGAUCCAGAACCAGGACGAGAUGAUCAAGCAGGGUCGUCUUGCAUCCCCCUACAAGGGUAUCAGCGACUGCUUCUCCCGUACCGUUAAGGACGAGGGUAUGGCUGCCAUGUGGCGCGGAAACACCGCCAACGUCAUCCGUUACUUCCCUACCCAGGCCCUUAACUUCGCCUUCAAGGAUAAGUUCAAGCGCAUGUUCAACAAGGACAAGAAGAAGGAUGGUUACUGGCCCUGGUUCGCUGGCAACCUUGCCUCCGGUGGUGCCGCUGGUGCCUGUUCCCUCUUCUUCGUUUACUCCCUCGAUUACGCACGUACUCGUCUCGCCAACGAUGCCAAGUCCUCCAAGAAGGGUGGUGAACGUCAGUUCAAGGGUCUCGUCGAUGUCUACCGCAAGACCAUUGCCUCCGAUGGUAUUGCCGGUCUCUACCGUGGUUUCAACAUCUCCUGCGUUGGUAUCAUCGUUUACCGUGGUCUCUACUUCGGUAUGUACGAUUCCAUCAAGCCCAUCAUGCCCGAGAACCUCCAGAGCAGCUUCUUGGCUACUUUCUUGCUCGGCUGGGCUGUUACCACUGGUGCUGGUCUUGCUUCCUACCCCAUCGAUACCGUCCGCCGUAGAAUGAUGAUGACUUCCGGUGCUGCCGUCAAGUACGACUCUUCCCUUCACGCCUUGAAGGAGAUCGUCGCCAAGGAGGGUACCAAGUCUCUCUUCAAGGGUGCCGGUGCUAACAUUCUCCGUGCCAUUGCUGGUGCUGGUGUUCUUUCCGGUUACGAUCAGCUCCAGUUGAUCAUGUUCGGUAAGAAGUUCGCUUAAGCGUCUUUCUUUAAGAAGCAUUGAUUCUCCCGAUAUUUCCAAUCUACAUCUAUCGGUUUCUUCAAAAUUUCCAUAAAAAACCGAGUUGCAUUUUUUACGCGCUCUUUUGUUUCAAAUAAAAAAAAUAUCAAC